AUGCCUUCACCAACUGAAAACAACAAUAGUGUAGUCACUCCGAGCAAGAAUGCAGGUCGUCCCGACGCGAGUCCGCAUGAUGCUGUCAUUCCAGUGAACGACACAACAACAGCUCCACUUCCUCCGACCAACAACAAAUUCACGGAUCGCGAAGUGUCGACCAUCGCUCGUAUUGUAUGGAACGAAGAUCCUGCAACAGCCGCGAUGGCGACGGAGCUCCAAGGAGUUUUUACUGUCAUGCAAUUGAGUAAACUUUCUGAUUUUGAGGGACAAGAUGCAACCGAAUUAAUUGGAUUUGCUGGCAUUCCAAGACCUGGCGGUACGAUUGGACCCAUCCAAUCAAAGCGCCUUAAGGAUUUCUUUGAUUAUGCGACCGCUCCUUCUGCGAGUCUCCCUCCGGACCUUACCUACACAAAAAUUCGAACCGUUCUUGAAGCACGAGCCAAAGAAUUGGAAGUUGCAGUUCUAGGCUCCAUGACUGGCGAUGGAACUUCCGUCGCGCCUGCUGGUUCUGACUUCAAGUUCAAAGCCCCAGUAUGCGAUCUAUUUACUGGCGAGCCUGAGGAAUUUUGGGGUUGGUGGGAUUCUGUUCUAUUGGCGUUCGGUCAGUCUGGCAUUUCUGAAGCUUUGACUGACCCAGAAUACCACAACAAGAGUGACAGUGCUGCCAAAGCGUCUAGCGCUGGAUGGUAUGCCAUUGCGAAAAGCCUCCAAGGCGGUCAUGCCAAUUGGAUGUCUGGUGAGGUCAGCCGACACACCAACCGCAAAGUUGCUAAUGAUUUCUAUAAGAAACUAAUGAAGACAUUUAAUACUGAAGAGUACCAAGCACAUUUCAUGGUGCAUGCAAUCGACAGUUUGAAUGAGAUCAAGUUGGAUCAUACCAAGCAAGUUCACGAAUUUAUCAACAAUUGGAAGCAAAUUAUCAAUCGGUUGAAUGAAAACAAGAACCAGCUUGCGACCAACCGAGAGAUUCUACGAGUAUUUUUACUUCGCGCAUUACAGUCUGAUGCCUUUGAAGAAUCAAGACAAUUUAUUCUUCGGAACCCUUUGAAGACCAUUGAUGACUACUUGGAUCAUAUCCGUAAUCGAGCCAAUUCGAUGAGGAUGCUGAGUGGCGACCCCCCAAUCCGUGAUGAUGGGGAUAUUGUCCCUGGGAUAAUCCGCCGGGCCGAAUCUCGAACCAAGACCAAGGGAUCCGACCCUCCUAAAUGGCACAUUCCAUUUUUUCCUAAUGGAUGGAAGCAAGCAUUAGGGAGGGGAGCUUUCAGGCGUUUGGAAGAAUGGCGCCGUGCGGCUCAUGGUACUAAUAAGCGUCCACGCGACCUCGAGAGGGAAUUUGAUAUGAAGAAGGUUCGUAAUAAGUCCUAUGAUCCCAACCUUGAUCAAAAAACAAAGAAAGCUCGCCGAGGAGCUAUUGACACUGAGGAAGACGACAAUUCUCAGGACGGCACCACUGAUUCCAGAUCUCACAAGUUCAGAAUUAUGACACGCGGACGUACACCAACGAAAAAGCGUGUGCUCCGCCGUACCACUUCUCCUCCGGAACCAAAUGAGCCCGUCCUGAUCACGGACAGUGGCGCCGACCAAUUUUUGGCCGGCUACAUCUGGAGAAGACUUAGUACUACGGGAAGACUGGUCGAGCUCAUGGGAGCUUUGGCAGGAAGACAUUCUGGAACAGUUUUACCGGUGGCAUCUGUCGUCGGAAAAUUGAUUGAUGCUACUGGCAAUGAAUGGUGUGCAGUCGCCAACGAAGUCCUCCACGACACGAGUCCAAACCAGCAUGAAUCCUUACUCCCUCCGGACCAAGUACGUAAUGCGGGCAAUGCAGUGGAUGAUUGCCCAUCUGACGCAAAGACGACUCGCGGGGACUUUGGAACACAAUGUUGUGUGUUUGGUUCGGGAAAAGAAAAGCACACACUCCCAUUAUUCCUUGAUGGAUUGAAGUGCUACUAUCGAAUGGAGGCCAUCACCGAUGACGAACUUACAUCUUUGCCAAGAAUUGUUCUCACUGGCGAUGCGGAAUAUGAGCCGACUAGCCGGACUACAACUCGCCGAAUGAACACGGACGAAAUUGAUUGGAAACGGACCAUGGCUUUUCCCCCUGAUGAUGUCUUGAAACAUACUCUUGAAGCGACCACUCAACUAAUACCUGUUGUUGAGGCAGAGAGUCGUGAAAUAAUGAGAGACCACUUGAAGUCAAGACUAUCUUGCCUCCGCUACCGCAGACGGCGAGAUCGAGACUAUUUGGAUACGUUCAAGGCAAAUGUAAAAUCGGUCCGCGGAUUUCAAUACUUCAACCUAUUUUGUGGUGAGAAAUCUGGCUACGACCACCCGGUUCUGAUGCAGCGCAAGAGUGAAUCUCCGGAAACACUUGAUGCCCACUUUGAACAUUGUGGAACCCCACAUACUUUGAAGUCUGACAAUGCAAAAGAAUUCAAGUCCAAGCACUUCAAACGCAAACUUCGCAAAGCACAAGUCGACGCCAAGUACACUGAACCCAAGCACCCUCAGCAGAACCUUGCCAAACUGAGAGGAGGCAGACUAAAACAUGUGGUUCAACAUAUUUUGCUAUUGACUGGAGCCCCUGCUGAAUAUUGGUGUUACUGUUUGGAAUAUGUUGCUUUUGUGAAAGCACGAACGUCAAAGAGAGUUCUUAACCAUAGAACGUCAUGGGAAGCUGAGUUUGGCGCAGUCCCUGACAUAAGCAAGUGUCGAUUCUCUUUUUGGCAAUCUGUCUGGUUUUAUACUCCUCACGGAGCGGCGCACAAUCCACUUCCGACAAUUCAAGAGGAGCCUCAACCAUUGGACAGUGUAGAGGAGUAUGAACGAGGUAUUGAAGAAGUGUAUGGACCCCCGGCUUCAAAACGACUUCGUACCGAUCCUACGUCCGACGAAGUUCUACUGCGUACUGAUCAAGAGGAGCUUCAGCCGCUCUCUGCCCAGAACCCACCAAGAGCUCCUUCCGUUCCGACUGCUGAAGUUGAGCUACCCACCGAACUGCACCCCCAAGAUCAAGAAAUGUUAGUAGCCAAUUCUACAGCUACUGUCGAUGCUACGCCUGAAGGUCCGCGGUUACCACAAAAUGGACCUGUCCUGGUGACACAAGAGGAGCCAACAAAUUCCUUCAUGACAGAGCAAGGUGAAUCUGCCUCAAUUUCUCCUGAUGGAGAGGAAGACUCAGUUCAUUCCGCCGAUGAAGCCCUUGAUGAUCACCAAGUCUCACCGGAGUCGCUCGACGUUCACCUCCGGAAUAUUGCUGGAUUGGCAGAGGAUGAAGAUCUUUUGAUUCUAUUUGUGGUCAUGAGUUUCGUGAUGGUGUACUCUUCCUGCAGAUCUUAUGGAAGACUGAUGAAACGUCGUGGGAGAAAUAUCGUGCUUGCCGCGAAGAUUUUCCUUACGAUGUCGCCAAGUACAUUUGCUCCAAGAAGAUUGGAUCCGCCUCUGGUAACCAUUCAAAUGGACCACAUCAACGAUGGGCACGUACUUUCUUGA